AUUGAAAUCGCAUCUGCCCGAGACAUUUCUCCAGGCAAAUAACCUCGCGUGCCCAAAAUUCCCAAGUUCCCAAGGGCGGAAGGAUGUCAAACGAGACCUACAACUGGCCGGUGGCAUUUCAGGACGAGCAGUCGUACGAAGCCAAUCGUGUUCACAUCGCUCAGAUGCAGGCGGCGCUCCAUCAGGCUACUUUGGCCAAUGAGGCUGGCAAGCAACACUAUGAUCAGGUACAGCGGGAACUCAUGCGUAAGGUGCAAGAGGGGGAAGAGGCGCAGUACGUGUCAAUGAUGCUGGAUUGUGGAAGGGUUUUCUGAGCCCCUCUUAGACGAAUGCUGCAAAGUAUGCAGUCCGGGAGGCGAGUGCUCACCUCCCUCAGCCAGUCAAUUGUACUCAGCCCACUCCAGAGCUGCACCGCAACUCACAUUGCAUCCACAUCAAUCACCCGCAGCUGAGAAAAGAGUAAAUCAUGCGUCGGGGAGUGCGAAAGCCCAGUCAUCCCCACGAAUAGAGGAAGUUCUCAGUCCAGGAUUACAGAAUAACUACACCUCCAAUCACUACCAGCCGUCCGCUCAGGCAUCACAAGCAAUGUUGACUGCCCAGCCCGCCUAUCCGGCAUUUCCCCCAGCCCAGGUGCCAGCAUCCACAGUCCGAGCCUAUCACCAUUACUACGCGUCGAAUCCACGCGUACCAUAUCAAACCUCGUCAUUUACUACACAUUCACAACCACAAGUCUCCCCGCCAGCUCGUCAUCCCGUCCCUGCUGCACCUCCAGUCGCUUCGACCUCGCGGCAAUCUGCCCAGCCACAGCAGGACCCCAUCUCCCACCCACCCCCACCCUUACCGCCUCAGACUGUCAAUCCGUUGGACACGAUCUCGCCAGCUGCAGCCCGCCAGAAUCCGAAUGAUAUUGCUAGCGGAUCGCAGACCCGGCCGUCGAUUCCACCACCACAAACGACUGCGCGAACCCAGCAGCCAUCACACGCGUCGCUUCCUCAGCAGUCGAGUACGUCUCACCCUGGUGUGGAUGGUGCAAUGGGGAGCUCACGUCCCUCUGCGCCGGCCGCAGCACCGAUACCUCAAGCAGUCCCAAAAAAUUCACCUGCAGGUUUGGGCGUCAGUGGUGGUGCUUCACGGCCUGUACCAAAUACUGCGAGACCCUCUGUACCUGCAAAUGCAGUCGCUGGCAGUUCCACGCCAGUUCACAAGUCUUCAAGCACAGUUGAACCUCGCCCUCCUGCUGCGGCCCUCGCCUCGGCCGCUGUGGCGCAAUCGCAGAUCCCAUCUGCCUCCCAGCCAUCGAGUUCCCAUACAUCCCUCCCUAAACCACGACCACCCUCCCUUGCAAAUCUACCCAUCCCCCAACUAGAUCCCUUGCCAGUUUUUCUUGCUAUGGUGAAUCACUGGCAGAAGGCCUCCCCACCCGAAGCUUUCAUGGAUAUCCCUCAUGCGAAAAUCCGGAUUAUCAAACGUCCAGGGGCUCAAAUAUUCUUUUGGCAGUUGCAACCCGGGUCAUCCGAGUUCAUUCAGCUCAGUGCGGCAGAGGCAUUGGCGAGAAUGAAUAUGCAGCGCUCGGUCUCGAUAUUCGUCUCGCCGCAGGGCUUUCCCGUGAUAUUGCCGACGCCGCUGUCGGCUGAGAUGACCAAAACGCAUCCGCAUUUCGCAGGGACUAUCGCCGCAAAUGCGCCGAACGCAGUCUACCCUGCGCCUGGACAGGCGUCCGCCAAUCUCGUGCCGCCGCACGGGCGGUCGCCACGGCAUGUCGAUAAGCGCUUUCUAGCGCAAGACAUACUGCGGGCUUUGGGAAAGGAACAGCGAUAUCGAGCCGCCGGUGUGGAGACCCAGACACUUGACGCGAAAGCGGCGGCGCCGAAGAUCGCUCAAAUACCAGCUGCGCCGCGACCUAUGCCCAUUGAAUCUGAGCCUGUCCAUGUUAUGCCAAUACCUUCCGCCCCAGCAAGACCCUUUACUGCGGACCCUAUUGCGCCGCUCGCACCGGCAGCAGCAGCACCACCAACACUGGUACCAUCAUCGGCACCACCCGCUGUAACUCUCACUCCGCAGAUCAUGGACUGUGUAUUGGUUCCACCCGGCCCAUACGCGGAACUCGUUCGGCGUGACAUCCGUCGCAUGCGUGCUGCAGCGUCUCCGCGAGAUGAGUCAGACGUGGACAUGCGAGAUGUGGAUGAGCUGGUGGUCGAUUUCAAUGACCUGAAGCGGCGGCGGUCAUUAGGGUCGUACAGCAACACGACGAAUGAGGGAGAAGCGGCCGCCAUGCUCGAAGCUUGUUCCAGAGGGAGAAUGGUUCGGUGUCGGUGGAUCGCUUGCGACGCUAUGCUCAACUGUCUCGAGAACGCAGUCGCUCAUCUCUACGAGCAUGCACAAGAAAAUCCGCUCGAACCAUCCUGUGCUUGGAACUUUUGCGGCCAACGAUUCUCGGACAACAUCCAUUUGGCUCUGCAUGUGGAAAGACACGUCCUAGACAACAUUCCCUGUCCUUACCGAGGCUGCCAACGCAUCUUGCGCAGUCCGGCUGAACUGAUGAUACACAACACCACCCAUACCAAUAGCCAGUUGCUACCUAGCACUCGACCCGUCGCUCCCCAAUAUCCCCCGGAUCUGCCGCCAGUCCCGAAGAGCGUGCCGGCUUGGGCCCAGUUCCAGCCAGGUCUGACUCAGCCGGUGAUCAGCCGGGAUUGGCACAAAACGCUCGGUUCCCGUGUCCUGCAGAACAUCUUCGGGCCUGUUUCGGAGUCGCGUCUUCGCCGAUAUAACGCCGCCGUGCCGCUCAGCGGGGUCAAGGAAAUGUGCCCGGACUACGAGUUUCUGGAAUCGUCUUCGCGCCACUACUCGUUCUUGCCGUCUCAGCCUGCGAGGGUGCGCGAAAUGGCUGCGCUGGAGACGAAGGAGGUCCAGGACAGGAUUGUGAGAGGCGACUUUGUGCUGUGGCCACAGCCUAAGUUGGAGCCGGUCGAUUGAUAAGCCCGAUUUGAUCUGAUCUUACAUGCUUUCAGCUUGCUGUAUACGUAGACGCAUUUGCGAUGCCACAUCUAUUAAGGCCUUGUAUCCGAGCAAUUAUUGGCAGUAGCAAUCUACAUGUAGCCUAACGUUUUGUUUGGUUGUCACAUUUCAAUCACGACAAUCCACACACACCGGCAGAUUAUUAUUAAAAGAGGCCAUAAAGUUAGAAUUGUAUCUUAA